AUGGGAAAAAGAGCGCUGACAAGUCGCGCUGUAAGUAAGAAGCACCGACUUGCUGCAAACGGAGCCAGGACACCUUCUGUAGCUUCGUUUCUUACGCCGCCGACAAGUGAACCGUCGGGCGCUAUUGUGACCAAAGCUGGGCCAGUGGUGUCAGGUUCUGCGCCGCCUUCUUCUUCUUCAACCACAGCUACGGACAUCCGACCCGAGCGUGCGACAAAGGAUAUUUUUCAACGUGACACAGAAGUGAUAAAUGCUGAGGUGACGUGGUGGCUCAAUGCUGUCAUGAUGCACACAUCAUUUCGUGCUGCCGCGGCAUCGGCUUCUUUGUUCCCGUUGAUGUUCCCAUCAUCAGCUACUGCCAAGAAAGUGCAGCUUGGCAAAGAUAAGGUGCGGUAUGCCAUUGUCUAUGGCCUCGCACCUUUCUUUAUAGAAAGCCUCGUGUCGGAAUUGAACCCAGCCUCCUACCUCGUCUUAGCGUUUGAUGAAUCGUUAAACAAAGUUGCAAAAAAGGAGCAAAUGGACGUGUUGGUUCGCUUUUGGUCGGAUGCAGAGGGAAGUGUGAAAACACGCUACCUGACGUCAUGCUUUCUUGGGCGCACUCGAGCUGAAGAAUUGGUGUCCGCAUUUAAAAGUGCCACUGAUGGACUCUCACGUUCAAAAAUUCUUCAGAUAUCAAUGGACGGGCCAAACGUCAACAUGAAGUUUCUCCGUGAGAUCAAGCAAGAACUGUGUGAAUCCAAUGAGGACCGCCAAAUUCUCGACGUUGGAAGCUGUGGCCUUCAUGUAGUGAACGGCACGUUCAAAACCGGACACGCGGCAACAGGGUGGCAACUUGUGGAAUUUCUCCGGGCUAUGUACAAUUAA